AUGGCUGAUAAUAGUGCAUUAGCAUCCACUACUGGCAGUACAGGCUUGGCAGACUCUUCCAUUUUUGAUUCGAAAGUUGCCGAAACUUCUAAGGAAAACUUAUGUAUUAGAUCUGCCUCAUGUGUUGAAGAAGAAAUGCCUCAGAUUGAAACAAGAGUCAUACUGGUUCAAGAAUCUGGAAAACAAGAAGAACUUAUAAAAGCCUUAAAGACUAUUAACAUAAUGGAAGUCCCUGUUAUAAAGAUAAAAGAAAGUUGUCCUGGAAAAUCGGAUGAAAAAUUAAUAAAAAGUAUUGUUAAUAUGGAAAUUAAACUGCCAUUUGUAAAGAUGGAAUCAGUUGAAGAAGUUAAAAGUUUGGAUUCUCCAGAAUUUGAAAAUGUAUUCAUAGUCAUGGACUUCCAGGAUUCUGUCUUUAAUGAGUUAUACAAGGCUGAUUGUAGAGUUAUUGGACCACCAGUUGUAUUAAACUGUGCAGAAAAAGGAGAGCCUCUGCCAUUUGCAUGUCGCCCACUCUAUUGUACCAGCAUGAUGAAUCUAGUACUAUGUUUUACUGGAUUCAGGAAGAAAGAAGAACUAGUCAGAUUGGUGACAUUGGUUCAUCACAUGGGUGGAGUUAUUAGAAAAGACUUUAAUUCAAAAGUUACACAUUUGGUGGCAAAUUGUACACAAGGAGAAAAAUUCAGGGUAGCUGUGAGCCUGGGUACUCCAAUUAUGAAACCAGAAUGGAUUUAUAAAGCUUGGGAAAGGCGGGAUGAACAGGACUUCUGUGCAUCAGUUGAUGACUUUAGAAAUGAAUUUAAAGUUCCUCCAUUUCAAGAUUGCAUUUUAAGUUUCCUGGGUUUUUCGGAUGAAGAGAAAACCAAUAUGGAAGAAAUGACUAAAAUGCAAGGAGGAAACUAUUUACCAGUUGGAGAUGAAAGAUGCACUCACCUUAUAGUUGAAGAGAAUAUAGUAAAAGAACUUCCAUUUGAACCUUCAAAGAAACUUUAUGUUGUGAAACAAGAGUGGUUCUGGGGAAGCAUUCAAAUGGAUGCCCGAGCUGGAGAAACUAUGUAUUUAUAUGAAAAGGCUAAUACACCUGAGCUCAAGAAAUCAGUGUCACUGCUUUCUCUAAAUACCCCAAACAGCAAUCGCAAAAGACGUCGUUUAAAAGAGACACUUGCUCAGCUUUCAAGAGAGGCAGACUUGUCACCUUUCCCUCCCCGUAAGCGCCCAUCAGCUGAACAUUCCCUUUCUAUAGGGUCACUCCUAGAUAUCUCCAACACACCAGAAUCUAGCAUUAACUAUGGAGAAACACCAAAGUCUUGUACUAAGUCUACUAAGAAUUCUACUCCAGUUCCUUCAAAGCAGUCAGCCAGGUGGCAAGUUGCAAAAGAGCUCUAUCAGACUGAAAGUAAUUAUGUAAACAUAUUGGCCACAAUUAUUCAGUUAUUUCAAGUGCCACUGGAAGAGGAAGGACAACGAGGUGGGCCUAUCCUUGCACCAGAAGAAAUUAAGACUAUUUUUGGUAGUAUUCCAGAUAUCUUUGAUGUGCAUACUAAGAUAAAGGAUGAUCUUGAAGACCUUAUUGUUAAUUGGGAUGAGAGCAAAAGCAUUGGUGAUAUCUUUCUUAAAUAUUCCAAAGAUUUGGUAAAAAUCUAUCCUCCCUUUGUGAACUUCUUUGAAAUGAGCAAGGAAACUAUUAUUAAAUGUGAAAAACAGAAACCAAGAUUUCAUGCUUUUCUGAAGAUAAACCAAGCUAAGCCAGAAUGUGGACGGCAAAGCCUUGUUGAACUUCUCAUCCGACCAGUACAGAGGUUACCCAGCGUUGCAUUACUUUUAAAUGAUCUUAAGAAGCACACAUCUGAAGAAAAUCCUGACAAAAGCACUCUAGAAAAAGCUAUUGGAUCACUAAAGGAAGUAAUGACCCAUAUUAAUGAGGAUAAGAGAAAAACAGAAGCUCAAAAGCAAAUUUUCGAUGUUGUUUAUGAGGUAGAUGGAUGUCCAGCUAAUCUUUUAUCUUCUCACCGAAGCUUAGUUCAGCGAGUUGAAACAAUUUCUCUAGGUGAGCUCCCCUGUGACAGAGGAGAACAAGUAACUCUCUUCCUCUUCAAUGACUGCCUGGAGAUAGCAAGAAAACGACACAAGGUUAUUGGUACUUUUAGGAGUCCUCCAGGCCAUACCCGACCCCCAGCUUCUCUUAAGCAUAUUCAUCUAAUGCCUCUUUCUCAGAUUAAGAAGGUGCUAGACAUACGAGAGACAGAAGAUUGCCAUAAUGCUUUUGCAUUGCUUGUGAGGCCACCAACAGAGCAAGCAAAUGUGCUGCUCAGUUUCCAGAUGACAUCAGAGGAACUUCCGAAAGAAAACUGGCUAAAGAUGCUAUGUCGACAUGUAGCCAACACCAUUUGUAAAGCAGAUGCUGAGAAUCUUAUUUACACUGCUGAUCCAGAAUCCUUUGAAGUAAAUACAAAAGAUAUGGACAGUACAUUGAGUAGAGCAUCUAGAGCAAUAAAAAAGACUUCAAAAAAGGUUACAAGAGCAUUCUCUUUCUCCAAAACUCCAAAAAGAGCUCUCCGAAGGGCUCUUAUGACAUCCCAAAGUUCAGCAGAGAGAAGAAGUCCUUCUAGCAAUGAGAAGCAUGUAAUGAGUCGUCUGGCUAGCACAUCAUCAUUAGCAAUUACCCAUUCUGUUUCCACAAGCAAUGUAAUUGGAUUUACUAAGCAUGGUUAUGUUCAGCUCUCAAAGUCUACUGGUGGGCACUGUCGAAACUCCUGGUUUUGA